UAGGUUACGUGAAGGCAACAAUAUGUAAACUUUAUUGAGAAAGUAACAGGGAGCGGCGGGAGUCCGAGGCUGUUUUGUUGGAAGAUGUGACUUUAUGCUAACGACAGCUAGUUUUGUCUAAAGGGUAUUUAAAGUUUACUCAGUCAUGCUUACGGACGUCUCCCAUAACUCACCACAGGUGCUAACCGAGAAAUUGUGCGUUAGCAGAUUAGCUAGCCGAGAGACGUCACUCUGAGACACGGCGUAAACUUUGCGCGUUCAGCGACAUUUGGUGUGUUUUCGUUUACCGAACACAAUUAUCUGUAAAUCACUGAGUCUUCACUUUUCUGGGGGGGCUCCUUAUUAUCCACCUCCGAACGGGAGACUCUGGCUCUGCUGUCUUUACCACCCACAAACACCCGCCAUGGGGACGCGGUGGUCUCGUAGCGGCAGCAGCCAGUCUCUCCUCCCGGAGGAGCAGAGGGUAACGCGGUACACUGAACGCAGAGACUCCGAUAACGACUCUUUGGAUGGACUAGUCCGGCGGGAGGACAUAGCCCAGUUCCCGUACGUGGAGUUCACCGGCAGAGACAGCGUAACUUGUCCGACCUGCCAAGGCACUGGACGCAUACCUUCAGAACAAGUGAAUGAACUGGUUGCACUGAUCCCGUACAAUGACCAAAGACUGCAACCCCAAAGAACGAAGCUCUACGUGGUCCUGUCAAUUGUGCUCUGCCUGCUGGCCUCUUCGCUUGUUGCUUUCUUCCUUUUCCCACGUCCAGUGGUUGUGGUGGACGGAGGGAUCCGCUCGGUGACGGUGACGUUCGACCGCAACAACACAAAGGUCCUGAUGAACAUGACGAGCACGCUCAACUUCAGCAACCCCAACUUCUUCUCGGUGCAUGUGCAGAGCAUCAGCUCCCAGGUCCUCUACAUGAAGUCGGUGAUCGGGACUGAGCUGCUAUACAACGUCACCACAGUGCUGCCACUCAGCGCGUGUCAGGUGAACUACACUGUCAGCGUGGAGAUCGGCAGUAACGCUCCGUACGUCUAUACAUUAUGCACCAUGUCCAGCAUCAAGGUUCACAACAUUCUCGUACUCAUGCAAACCUCAGUGAAAACCUCGUACAUGGUGCGAACGUCCCAGAACAGCCUGGAGGCCUAUCGCUACAUCGACUGCGGCUCCAACACCACGUACCAGCAGCCGGAGAAUUACAAGAUCCACUCCUCUGGUGACACAACGGCCCUAUCCCUCCGUCACUCACUUCCGUGAGGGGCGCAGAUCUGGGACUACAAGGACUGUGUUAGUGUACACUGCAGGAUGGACUAACAGCUCGGCAGCAGGGAAAUGCUUAAUAUCGUCUCAUUCUCUACACUUGCUAAAAAGAGCCGACAUUGACCUGCUGUUAUCUCGUGCUCAUCCAGGAUUUGGCUGUAUCUCGGAAAACAAGGGCUCUGACAAGGGAAUGUUGUUCUAGCCAUCAACAGAUAAAGGGUCUUUGAUGGACUUGUGAAAUGUGGAAUUAUGGCCUGUAAUGUCAAGCUCAGCACUGUGUUUGUGAAAUGUUCUUGCCUGACUUCCUGUCCAAGUCCAGAGAGCAGUUUUGCUGUUUCAGAGCAACACGAGUCUGAGUGGAGAACUGAAUGAGUCACUAGCAGCGAGCACUCCUUGUGUUGUAAGCAGGACAAAGGUCACAGAAAGCUCUUUCUUUAAGGGAACAUUCUCAGCCAGGAUGCUAUUCGUGUUAAUUAUGGCUGCAGAGCUCCCUCUCUGUGCUGCUGCUGCAAUGUCAUUAGAAUUCAAUCAAAAUUCCUUAGUGUGGCUUGAAUGACUGUUACACUGUGAUCACUACUGACUGUUGUUGGUUUUUUUGUUUAUUUGUUUUUGGCAGCUUGAAACUGGUGUGGAUUGUAGAUAUUUUUUAAUGGUUCGAUAAGUUAUUGCCUGCCAAGUCUCGUUUGAGCACAUCUAUAAGGAGAGAGGGAUAACAUCACAUGUUUUCUUCCAUUUAACUGCUUUUACUAUUCCCUCAGUAGAAAUCUACUCACAGAAUCCUUAAUACAGAUCCAGUUAAGCUACAAAAAGAAGUCCCACCACCAUACCACAUGAGCGCAAUUUAAAAAAUUAAAAACAAUGCCUUUAGAUAGUGAGAGAGCUGAUUAUUUGCAGUGAGACAUUAUUUCCAGCUGAACCCACCAAGCUUUACACAUGCAGAUAAAUCUCAGGCAGGCUCAGAGAACACUGUUAUAGAGGAUUUAGAAAGUGGCUGUACCAAUGCUAAUAAUUAUAAAGGUAGUAUAUCCUGCUGUAUACGGUUCCCUGUGAUUCCCACCUCUUUGUGCAGAAUAAUCUGCAGCGUCCCAACCAGAAGACGGCACGUCCUCUACAAUCACAGCCAGGGUUGUGCAGGGAGUGACCGUCUGUGAGACCUGCAGUAAUGUUCUGAGACGUCUGAGGGGCGUUUCAUUCAAACAUCUUCAACUGUAGUGCACACAGUAGAUUUAAAAAGGCUGCAGGUAUUUGGGCAUCAACAAAAUCUUCAGCCGCCUUAAUAUAAAACUGAUGUUAGGAUUCGAGUUACAGGUGUUCUUUAAUGGGUUAAUUGGUCAAACUUUGCAAUAGAAUCUUGCUGUGUGAAAUUAGUGUUUUGUUGAAAAUUGGUCUUAACAAUUAGGAUUUGCACCUGCACUCAGCGUUUACCCUGCUUCUCCCAGACUGACUGUAAUAGCGUCACAUGCAUUUCCUUCUGGUUUGCAGCUUUUCUAACUCCUUGUGUGAUGGAUUUCAGCACAUUCUCACGCUGCCUGGAGGCUGACUGUAACUUUGCCUUUAGACCAGCUUCAGUGUGGAAGCAGUUUGAUAGGAGAUUGAUUUUUACUUUAAAGGGACAAAUGCUGUAAAUUUCUGAAACAUUUUUACCUAUUUUGUUUGUGGGGUUUUUUUUUUUUUAUUGCACCAAUUAACCUUUUGGUUUAAGUUAUCAAAAAAAGGAAAAGACAUUAAAGGGAUUUGUGAAUUAAUAAAAUGAAUAAUGAAUACCAAUAAUUGUUUUGUUCUUGCCCACCACUUACAGUGGACAGAGUACACCACGUAUGAGCUACAUUGCCCAACGUAUUCACUCAACCAUCCAAAUCAUUGAAUUCAGGUGUUCCGAUCACUUUCUUGGGCAAAGGGAUAUAAAAUCAAGCAGCAAGCAUGCAGACUGCUUCUGCAAACACUUGUGCAGGAAUGGGUCUCUCUCAGGAGCUCAGUGAAUUCCAGCGUGGUACCGUGAUGGGAUGCCACCUGUGCAACAAGUCCACUUAUGAAAUUUACUCACUACUAAAUAUUCUACAGUCAGCUGUUAGUGGUAUUAUAAUAAAGGGGAGGCAACUGGGAACAACAGCACCUCAGGCACAAAGUGGUAGGCUACGUAAAAUGACAGCAGGGUCAGCUGAUGCUGAGGCACAUACUGUCUUCUCUGUCUGGCAAUCUGAUGGACUGGUCUGGGUUUGGUUGCCAGGGGAACAGUACUGGUCUGACUGCACCGUGCCGGGUGUAAAGUCUGGUGUUGUGGGGUUGUAUUUUAGGAGCUGGGCUUGAGCCCCUUAUUCCAGUGAAAGGAACUUAUUGGUCAGCAUACCAAGACAUUUUGGACAAUGCCACAUGGGAACAGUUUGGGGAGUCCCCUGCCUGUUCCAACAUGACUGCACACCAGUGCAGUGCAGUAAGCACAAAAAAAACCAAAACACAGAUGAGUGAGUUGGUGUGGAGGAACGUGACUGGCCUGCACAGAGUCCUGACCUCAACCUGAGUGAAUCCCUUUGGGAUGAAUUAGAGUGGAAACUGCAAACCACAUCAACAGUGUCUGACUCACAAAUGGACUUCUGGAAGAAUGGUCAGAAAUUCCUAAAUAUUGUGGAAAGCCUUCCCAGAAGUGUUGAAGCCCAGAUCUAAGCGCUGCCUGUUGGUCCCACAGAUCAACACUGGGUGUCCAACGUGAUUGGGCCCCUGAAAUCCUGGAAAUGUUGGGCCAAUAUCAUAUUACAUCUGCUCAUGGGAAUAAUCUUGAGUACAGCAGUCAUGACUGAAAUAACGAGUGACACAAGGAGAGUUCGGGUACCACAUCACUUCAGUUUAAUUCUAUUCUUCAUCUUCUUCCAUAUAAAAAGAGCGUAAUAACCUUUCCAGACAAACAUGUUUCUGUUUUAUAUCUUAUACACUGUCCUAUAGCUGCAUGUGAAAAUAUAUUACUACAUAAUAGAUCAACAGACCACAAUAUAUUAUCGCUGUAAUACAAGUAGUGUUUUUUUCCUCUACCAAACAAGGCAACACACUAAAUAAAUGCAUAGUAAAAAUAAAAGAAGCAAUAAGUACAAA